GAUGGCACACGGUCCCUCCGUAACCCCACUGUCUCACACUCACUCACCCACUCUGUGCUUGCAACCCAUAAAACACUACCGGAUGGAGACGGAAAAUCCUUCUGGAUGUCCAGUAGCGGUAGAAGCAUGAACGCUGGAUUACAACCUUUCCACGCUGCAUAGGACGGGAUGUAAGGAUGAAGUUAUAACGGAACUUUCUUAAACGCCACUAACUGACAGCGUUUCAAGAACAAAUUGCAUAUUUUUGUACUGUAGAAGUCAGGAUGAUUGUAUGCCAGGCGGUCCUGGUGUUGGGCUUGUUCUGGGUCAGAACCGACGCGCAGGAACGGGGACCUCGUCCAUGGCCCUUACCAGGUGAAGAACCAGACCCGGACCCUGUCCUUCCUGAUCCAUCGGGCCAGUGCUGUCAUCAGGAAAUCAUGUGUCCGAUCAACGUGUACUUUGUCCUGGACACGUCCGAGUCCGUGGCUCUGCUGGAGCAGCCCCCAGGCAGCACUGUGAAUAGCAUCAAGGAGUUCACCAAGUACUUUGCCGUGCGUCUGAAGGACGAGACCUUCACCAACGGGGUCCAGCUCUCGUGGACCAUGGGAGGCCUCCACUUCUCCCAGAACAACAAGGUCUUCAGCAAGAUCACCAACCGCGACGAAUUCCUCCGCAACGUCAAGACUGUCGAUUACUUUGGCAAGGGCUCAUACAUCGACUGUGCCCUCAACAACAUGACGGAGGCGAUCGCACAGCACCCGUUCCCGAUGAAGACGGUGAACUUCGCCGUGGUCGUGACGGACGGCUACGAGACGGGACACCCGUGCGGCGGCAUCAAGGCGGCGGCCGAGCGGGCGAGGGACCAGGGAAACCAGCUGUUCGCCGUGGCCGUGUCGCAGAGUAAAUUGGAGACAGGACUGCGAGAGAUCGCCAGCUCCCCAGUCGAAAUGUUCCGUGACGACUUUGUGGCGGUUGACCUGCCUCAGACCACAAAUGUGAACAUGCAAACAAUCGAACGGAUUAUUAUGACAAUGAAAAAUCGUGCCUAUCAGGAGUGUUUCAGGCCCAAGUGUGUGGAACGGGAUGGCACUCUCGGUCCGAAAGGUCGCAGAGGACCAAAAGGACAAAAGGGGGUUAUUGGAGUGCAUGGAUUGAGAGGUCAUAAGGGACAGGCGGGGGAUCCAGGUCUUGAGGGUCCUAUUGGGCCGCCAGGUCCAAAGGGUGAAACUGGACCAAAAGGAGACAAAGGUGACAUUGGAGACCAAGGUGGAAAGGGCGUUGCUGGACUUUCAGGUCGCAAUGGAACAGAUGGCCAGAAGGGCAAGAUCGGUAGGAUUGGCGCCCCAGGGUGCAAAGGAGAUCAAGGAGACAAGGGAAUAGAUGGCUAUCCUGGAGAUUCUGGUGACCCUGGACCUGCCGGACCUAUGGGAGUGAAGGGGGACCCUGGACGCGGAGGCAGAUCAGGCCCUCCUGGGCCACCAGGAGAUGUUGGACCAAAAGGGGAGAGAGGAGUGCCAGGCACACAAGGCUUUCCAGGAACCAAAGGGCCACAAGGAGGACCAGGAGGAAUUGGGCCAAAAGGAGAACAGGGAAGAACAGGCAAUACUGGAGCCAAAGGCACUCAAGGAAGAGUUGGACCCAAAGGAGAUAAGGGGGAGCCUGGCCCUGAAGGCGUGAGGGGAGUGCCUGGACAGGGUGGGGCCAAAGGAGCAAAGGGGCAUCCAGGUUUGGGAGGCCCUAGAGGACCACCAGGGGAAACAGGAACUCCAGGCACCCAGGGGCCCGCAGGGGACACUGGAGACGAGGGUCCCAGGGGAGAUGUUGGCCCCCCAGGACCAAGGGGUGACCGUGGAAGAAACGGGUUCAGUUAUCCUGGCUCGAGAGGACGAACAGGCGACCGGGGUGAGAAAGGAAGAAAGGGUCCCCGGGGUAGCAGAGGGGACUGCGGGGCAAAAGGAGAUCCUGGGACCAAAGGAGAAAAUGGUGAUCCGGGCGAUCCGGGACUGGUGGGGCAACCUGGGACCAGAGGACUGUCGGGAGAUGCUGGUCCUCCUGGGGACCCUGGCCCGGAGGGAGACCCUGGACUGAGCGAAUGUGAUGUCAUGAGCUAUAUCAGAGAGACGUGUGGCUGUUGUGACUGUGAGAAGCAAUGUGGCGCUCUGGACAUUGUGUUUGUGAUUGACAGCUCAGAGAGCGUGGGGCUCACAAACUUCACCCUGGAGAAACACUUUGUCAUCAACACCAUGAACAAGCUGGGCUCCAUGGCAACGAACCCCAACUCAGCUUCAGGGACACGAGUCGGAGUGGUGCAGUACAGCCAUAACGGAACCUUCGAGGCCAUCCGUCUGAACGACCCAAACAUCAACUCACUAUCUGCCCUCAAGAAGGCUAUAAAGGAGCUGAAGUGGAUUGCCGGCGGGACAUGGACUCCGUCCGCACUCAAAUACGCCUAUGACACCAUCAUCCGUGAUGGCAGACGAGAGGGGGCCAGGGUGACUGCGGUGGUCAUCACAGAUGGCCGCUACGAUCCUAAAGACGAGCCCGGUCUGCUCCGGUCCCUUUGCCAGGACCCUGAUGUAGACGUCAUGGCCGUAGGGAUCGGGGACAUGUUCAACGUCCCGGUGCAGGACGAGACGUUGGUCAGCAUCACCUGUGACCGGCCGCAGCGCGUGAGAAACAUGACCAAGUACACAGACCUAGUGGCUGACGCGUUUAUCAAGGAGGUCGAGACGGUGCUUUGCCCAGACCCAGUCAUUAUUUGCCCAGAUCUGCCUUGCCAAACAGAUAUGGCCGUGGCACCUUGUUCUGACCGGCCUGUGGAUCUCGUCUUCCUGGUGGACGGUUCGGAACGCAUUGGCCAGGAGAACUUCGACCGUGUGCAGCGCUUCAUCGAGAGGGUGGCACGACGCCUCCCGAUGGCUCGGGACGGCAGUGACGCCAUGGGAGCCCGCGUCGCGGUCAUGCAGUACGGCCGCGCCAACCAGCACCAGGUGGCGUCCGGCCUCACACACAACCUCGGCGUCCUCACCGAGCGUAUGGAAGGCAUGCACUACCUGGACGCCUCGUCCGACGUCACCUCAGCCAUCACCCACGCCGUCAGCAACGUGCUGUUCUCCGAACGUGUUCGGCAGACCAGGCGUGAGGCCGAGGUCAACUUUGUCUUCGUCACGGACGGCGUUACAUCGACAGAGGGGCUCAAGGAGGUUCUUGGGGUCAUGCGGAAAGAGCAGGUGGUGCCCUCGGUUGUCGCCUUGGGCAACGAGGUGGACAAGGAGGUGGUCAUGCAGUUGGCACUCGGGGAUCGUAAUGCAGUGUUCCAAGGGCCAGACUACACACACCUGUCCGAGCUGAACUAUUUCGAUCGGUUUAUCCGCUGGGUGUGUUAAUGUAAGGCCGACAGGAGUUAGAUGUUUAGGAGGAAUUAGAUGUUUAGUUUCCUCCUACCACAGGUGCUUCUAUGUUUUAACUGAAUUUGUAUGUUUGGUUUUAUUUUUGUUACAUGUGACUUCUUAUUCAUUCUCAUAGUUAAACCAGUCAAAAGUUAAACCAGGAUUAACACGUUGUUUUCUGAUUAACACAAGUUAUCACAUAGCCUACUAGGCUACUUUGAGCCAAUACAAUUUCUAGGGUUGGAUUUAUUCAGCAUCAAAUCCAUCAUCACGCUCUCCCAUUGCUCAUCUCUCAGUACAACAUAAAAGCACACAUUUUUGUUUGUAGUGAAAGGUUUGACAUCCAGUCAUUGAUCCUUUCUGCCUAGAUUUCAAGUUGUCUCGAACGCACCAAUGGCACACUUCCAAUGUAUUCCAUGCAGUGCCAGUGAGGUACUAAGUGGUAUAAGAUACGGUACGUCCCUGACUGGUUAUCAUGCUAACUUUAGUGGAUAUCUCAGCAACACAGGGCAUGAGGUUCGAAUCCAACCUGUGGUCAUUUCCCCACCCCACCCCAACUUGCUUCUUGUCUGCACAUAACAGGCAAAAAGCCUAAAAUAUAUACUUACAAUGUCAUGUGGCUUCAGCAUUUGCUGCUCAUUUCACCCUCUGACUACUGUUAAUCUCAGAGUUUCUCUCAUUUCACCCUCUGAUUACUGUUAAUCUGAGUUUCUCUCAUUUCACCCUCUGACUACUGUUAAUCUGAGUUUCCCCACCCCCUGAAUCCCCCACAUUGGCACAUUGAAAACAUAUUUGUUUUUCGCCCUUGAGCAUUUCAUCUGCUUUGAUAAAGGGGUAAAUACGAACUUUACAGCAACAGGCUGUGUGGCUGUGUUGAACAAUAUAUAUUACUGUUGGCUCACUAUCAUCACUGUAUCAUGUGAGGAAAAAAAAUAUUUCUUACACACAUUUGUGUCUGCCUUUAUCUAGGUGCUUAUCUUGGUCUGGUUACCAAAAACGACAUGUUGUAAGAUCUACCGGGUGCCUUUGAACUCAAAUAAAGAAUGUUGUGUUUCCCUA